UGUUUAUCACGGAUUUGGAAGAAGUACCGUGCAGAUAAUACUACUAUACUAGCGCGUCUGUGUAUAAUAUCUUUGAACAACAGUAGUUUACGCUGUGUGUUUGCAGGCAGUGCUUUGUAUAUACGCUUUUCGGGAGAUGUUGAUAUUUGUGUCAACACAGUACAGGCGUGCUAGUUAUGUGACAUGGGAAUGGAUAGUUUACAUGCGUUUCUUUCUACGUUUAUACUGAAUGGAAACGCGGUUCGCGAGAAUAACUCGUGAACACAGCUGUUUGUUACAGGCGUCCACUGUCUUCGACAUUAUCAAUUUAUUCCGCAUGUUUAUCUGUUUGUUUAUGUGGGCUUGUUAUUGAGACAGCGAAAUGGAUUCUAAGUACGCCUUUACAAAUGCAGCAAGCAAGCUUAAAAAACCAACAACACUAGUAACGUUUUCGACUAGUAAUCCGAAUAAGAGAUCAAUAUCAGAACAGUCUCCUGCAAAGCGAAUUCUUCUCGCAGAAAAUGGACUGGCGGCCAUUCUGUCACAAAGAAAAUCUCUUCCCGUUUACGCUGUACGUGGCAGAAUACUGGAAGAGAUUAAAAAACAUUCCACAUUGAUUAUUAUUGGAGAGACAGGAAGUGGCAAGACAACUCAGAUCCCACAAUUUAUCCAUGAAGAGAGACUUGAUAAAGAGGGAAGAAUUGGUAUUACUCAGCCAAGACGAGUAGCAGCAAUUACUAUCUCUCUAAGAGUUGCUCAGGAAAUGAACACAAAGCAAGGUGAAAUUGUUGGUUACACAGUACGAUUUGAAGAUGUUACUUCAGAGAACACUAAACUCAAGUACCUAACUGAUGGUAUGCUGCUCAGAGAAGCUAUCUCAGAUAAUUUACUCAUGAAGUAUAGUGUUAUUGUGUUGGAUGAGGCUCAUGAAAGAACAGUUCACACUGAUGUACUUUUUGGUAUUGUCAAGCAGGCACAGAAAACACGCAAAGAAAGGGGUCUCAAAGCACUCAAAAUACUAGUAAUGUCCGCUACUAUGGAUGUAGACCACUUUAGCAACUACUUUGGGAAUGUACCAAUAUUGUAUCUUGAAGGCAGACAACACCCAGUGAAGAUAUUUCACACCAUCCAACCUCAGGAAGAUUAUGUGUUUAGCUCCUUGGUGACCAUCUUCCAGAUUCACAGGGAAGCUCCAGCCAAUCAUGACAUUUUAGUGUUCUUGACGGGUCAGGAGGAAAUUGAAUCAAUGGCUCAUCACAUACGUCUUAUAGCAAGGGACCUGGAGGGCAAGGCACCACCUUUAAGAGUUUAUCCUUUAUAUUCAUCCUUGCCAUCACAUCAGCAGUUAGAUGUUUUUCGACCUACAUCCAAAGGCAUGAGGAAAGUAAUACUAAGCACAAAUGUCGCUGAGACAUCAGUCACAAUCAGUGGAAUAAAGUAUGUUAUAGAUAGUGGAAUGGUGAAAGCGAGGUCACACCAUCCUGGUACAGGGCUGGAUAUCUUGAAAGUGCAAAGAAUUUCACAAGCACAAGCCUGGCAGAGAACAGGCCGGGCUGGUCGAGAAUCAACUGGAUACUGCUACCGUGUGUAUACGAGGAAGGAAUUCGAGUCUUUGCCAAAAAAUUCAGUCCCAGAAAUACAGCGCUGCAACCUGACAGGAGUUGUGUUGCAACUUCUAGCUUUGGGGAUAAACUGUGUGUCAUUUGAUUUUAUUGAUAAGCCUCCUAGGGAAUCCUUAAUAGCAGCACUACAACAACUAAAACAGCUUAAUGCCAUAGAGUCUGUAGACUCACCUGUCCUCACAAAAUUGGGACACCAAAUGUCCCAAUUUCCACUUGAUCCUCGGUUUAGCAAAAUACUUUUGGCUGCAAAAGAUUACAAUUGUGUGGAAGAAGUGAUCAGUAUAGUAGCUCUUCUGUCAAGUGAAUCAGUUUUUGUGACACCACCAAACAAACGUGAGGAGGCCUUGUCAGCAAGGCAGAAAUUUGUUUCUUCUGCUGGAGAUCAUAUAACUUUGUUGAAUGUCUUCAGAACAUUUUCAAAAAUUUCACAGAAAAAGCAAUGGUGCCAUGAAAAUUUUCUCAAUGUGCGAAAUCUUCAGUAUGCAAGUGAUGUGUACACACAACUUCUGGAGCUUUGUAAACGAUGCAAAGUUCCUCUGUCAUCUUGUGGACAAGAUAUUGACAAGAUAAGAAAAUGCCUUGUUACGGGAUUGUUCAUGAAUGUAGCUGAACUUCAAAGAGAAAGACAAUACAUCACUGUGGACACAAGGCAAGCUGUCACAAUACACCCAUCAUCAGUAUUGUUCGGAUCGUAUCCUCCAUUUGUGUUGUUCACUGAAGUAGUGCAAACAGGACGCUGCUAUCUGAGACAGAUUUCAACAAUAGAACCAGAGUGGUUAUUAGAGAUUGUUCCUAAUUAUAUUCGUAACCAUAAACUUUCAUUUUCAUCUGUUUCAUAGCAGUUGUAGCAGAAUGUGUAUGUGAAAGACACAAAUGUACAAAUGAUGUAGGAAAGUCUUUGUGUGCAUUCAGCAAGUAACAAUUGCCAGUUUAAGAGGCUGGAUGAUCUCAUUUUUCUCAUAGCAACUUUUCUGUGAACAUGAGAUUGUUUGUGAAAUUCUUGUAAUGGAAAACAGGUAGAUGACAUGCUAUAAUGCAUAAUGUGUGGUUUUGUAUCCACAUUUUUUAUGGAGGGCUUACUAACUGACAAAACUGGUUUCAUAAUUGUCACCAAAAAUCACCAUAAAGUACAGUUAUAUUCUUUCUAUUUUAUACUGAAUUUAUAUAAGUUUCUGAAAUAUAUUUAUUUUAUUGAACAAUUAUAUUUUUUUAAUGUA